AAAGCAGGAUGGGACUAAAUUGCUUCAUUUUUAUCAAUUUGCGAGAAACUUAUUAUUAACGUCAUUCAACUUGCUCAAUGACUAAUUGGAAAACCACAUUUUCGGGUUGAUUCACAACCCAAACGCUACUCAUCCAACUCAAAGAGCAUGUGACUAAGCCGCUGUUCCGGGCUCAUAUCUCAACCUGCAAGCCCGCUAGAAGUGGUUCGAGCUGGCCCAUAGGAUAGAGCCCAACAUCUAGCUUCUGGCCCUUGAGUAAUCCCAAUUCCCAACUCCCAACUCUCUUUUAAGCCGGGGGCCCACAUUAUCAAGUGUCAAAAUCAUGAUUUUUGUGGCUUAUGGCGAAACUGGGAGGGCAAAGCCCGCCAAAACCCGAAAUCCUGCCUCCCACAGAAUUUUCAAUUCGCAAAUUGAGGCCAGGCCAACCAAUGGAAUGGCAACACGUCAUGUCUUUGGCGGGAUUCAUGGGAGCCUACUUGCUGCUCACCUAGCUUUGACCCAGCGAGGGUCAGGACUUAGUGAAGUUCCGGAAUUGCCCUCCCCUCGCAGUUUGGACGACCUACAGCAACCAGGGCUAUUAUUGUAUUUAGCGUCGUCGGCAUUGGGGGGCCUAAGAUUAGAUGGGAAGUCCGAAGGCAUAUUUCGAUGAUAUCCUUUUUUUGGCCAUUCACUUUUUCUUCCCCCCGCCCCUCUCCUCGUUAAAUUCUGGUAGCUCGCCAGCUGCCCUUUCCCCAACCCACCAAAUCCAUCGGCUUACCUUAACUGAUUUGAGAGAUUUGGAGAGGGACACUUGUGUUGCAACCCAGCGUUGGAGCCUGCAGCUAAGCUGAUAAGAUAAGGCGUGUUUGAGAAUUUGAAAGGUUUUUUGGUGGUGGUGUUCUCAAAUCUCAAUCCACCAUUUCUAUCCAUUUUCUAUCCUUACCGGUGUCUGUGAUUGCAGUGGUGAGUUCUUUUGAGCCUCUUCUUGUGUAAAGAUUGAAUCUUUAUAUCUUCUGUAUUUGGGUUCCAACGUUGGAAGAGGAAAUUGGGUGAGGAAAUGAGGAAAUGAAGAAAUUCGCCUCUGUUUUUGCUUUCAGGUGUUCCAAAUUGAUAGAGACUUGUUGCUUUUUGGGGGAAAAAAAGGGCCGGUUUGAAUUCGAGGGUUGAUUUUAGAAUGGUGUUGUGAUUGAAGUUUUGGGAAGCUUUCUUGUCGAGGAUGAACUAUGAAGCCGCUUGGGAGUGGAUAUGGUAAUGGUUUAGGUAUCUGGCCAAUGGUUCAGCUCGCAGAACAUAAGUUAAGGCACUAAAAAAAAUGCGAUUUGGGAAUUUGUCCAAACUGAGUUUUGGCGUUAGGCAAGCGGUUAAUUCUAGGUAUUCCGCUUGUUUCCGACCUACUUUUAGCACUUCAGCCUGCUUUCCUCCUCCUAGUUUUACUUUUCAAGUUUCCCCAUCGAGCCAGCGUCGUAGGAGUAGUGGAAUUGCAAUGGCUGCUUCUGGUUCCAAGACUGUUUUUGGCGAUGUCUAUGCCGAUGCCAAUUGUGGGAAUGGAUUGGAGCUGUGUAAGCCUAGUGGAGUGUUCUUCUCCGAUUCUAGCCGUGUUAGUUGCUCCAAAGCAAGUGUGAAGAUGGGUAGUAGAGAGCUUCCCCCUAGUAGCAGGUUGGUUUGUGGGAAUUUCCUGAUGGAUGCAAUGAGAAGGAAGAAUUUGAACAACUUUGGUGUUGGGCCAUUGCUGAAGCACUUGCACUCUCCAUCUUCUUCUAUGUUUGCCUCGAUUGGGCCUGCUGCGGACUUGUCGUUUGAUGCUAACUCAAAUGAUGAACAAGCAGUGAACUCCACUAUGGUUUCCGGCCGGAAGUUAAGGCUGCAUUCAGGAUCUUGUUACUUGCCACAUCCUGAUAAGGAAGCAACUGGCGGGGAAGAUGCUCAUUUUAUAUGUGGAGAUGAACAAGUGAUUGGUGUGGCUGAUGGUGUGGGUGGAUGGGCAGAUGUGGGUGUUAAUGCUGGUUUAUUCGCUCAGGAACUCAUGCUCAAUUCCGUGAGGGCUAUUCAAGACAACUCCAAAGGAUCCAUUGAUCCAGCCAAAGUCCUAGAGAAAGCUCAUUCAAACACUAAAUCCAGAGGCUCCUCGACUGCUUGCAUCAUAGCCCUUACGAACGAGGAAUUACAUGCUAUCAAUCUCGGGGACAGCGGAUUCAUUGUGAUCAGAGAUGGGUCGACAGUCUUCCGAUCCCCAGUUCAACAACAUGGCUUCAAUUUUCCUUGUCAACUGGAGAGUGGUACAGGUGGUGAUCUUCCCAGCUCUGGCCAGGUUAUUACAGUUCCAGUUGCCCCGGGAGACGUUGUCAUCACUGGAACAGAUGGGCUGUUCGACAACUUGUACACCAACGAGAUCAGUGCCAUCAUCGUGCAUUCCAUGCGAGUCGGUCUGGGGCCUCAAGAAGCUGCACAAAAGAUCACAGCUUUAGCAAGAGAACGUGCCUUGGACCGAAGCAGGCAGACACCAUUCUCUGUUGCAGCUCAGGACGCUGGAUUCCGCUAUUACGGUGGCAAGCUUGAUGAUAUCACCGUAGUCGUCUCCUACAUAACAACAAAAGCGAAUUCCUCAGCCGGCAUAUGAAUGUCGUAGUUGUGGGGGCAUUUCAAAUGAUGCUUCUUGUAUAAUUCUUUUGGCCACCAAACCCGCCUCCAGUAGAUUUUUUUUUUUUUUGCCAUCAAGAUGAAAUAUUCCCAGAUUUGAGAUACAGCCGCGGUUAGUAGAAUCCUUAAACUGUUACACUUCCAGUUCCAGUUGCACUUGCAGAAAGUUGCAGUUUUGAUUGUUUACUUUUAUCUUGUGUCUGGGUUUGUCGAGAACUGGUUUAGGGUUUGAAGAUGAUGACUUAUGAUGAUAGUGAUUGCUUCUUGAGGGCUUAGAACAGGGAUGGAUCACUACAUUGAUACAGAACUGAUAGAAACAAGACACAGAAACAAAACUGAAACUCUAUU